CAAAUCAAAUUGCCUACCUACCUACUUAACAACCAAAUGUUAUUAAAACUUUAGAAUAUUUUGAAUUAUUAGUAAAAAAUUGUCAUCCUAUAGCUAUUGCUAAUCAUUAAUCGUCGGAGGUUCUUUAGUUUGAUUAGAUACCAGUUAAAAGUAAUCUUACAAAUUUAAAUUAUACUGGCAAAGUAUGGAAAGAGAUGACCAAGAACAAGACUGUGCAAUUUGUUUACAAAAAUAUCAUCAUCCUGCAAAGUUACCAUGUGGUCAUAUAUUCUGUUUCCUGUGUGUGAAGGGUAUUGCCUUACUAAGCAAAAAGUGUGCAAUAUGCCGUACACCCAUACCAGCAGACUACUUUGACCAUCCAGUUUUAUUAGAUAACGUGAAAACAGAUGAAAUUUUGGAACCUGAAAAUGAAAAAUAUCACUGGUAUUAUGAGGGACGAAAUGGUUGGUGGAAAUAUGAUGAGCGAAGUAAUGUCGACCUCGAAUCUGCCUACAACUCUAAUGAAACAGAGUGCUUGCUACUAUUAGCAGGCACAUUGUACUGUGUGGAUUUUCAAAAUAAUGUUCAAUUCCGUCGCAGUGAUCCCACUAAACGCCGCCGAGUAAAAAGGGAUUUACCGACACUACCCUCUAAAGGUAUUGCAGGGAUAAAAAUUAUUGAUACAAGACAAUCUGAAGAUUUAGAUAAUACUAGUGAUGUUCAUACAAAUAACAUAGAAAAUGUAGAGCAUGAAAAUGAUAUAAUAUUAUUAGCAAAUGUAACAAUUGAUACCAUUCAGGAUGAUAGUACAACAGUUGCUCAACCUAUCCACACAAUUGAUGAUCUAACUGAUAGGCUGAGCCAUAUAAACCUGGAAAGAGCAGAGCAACCAAGAAGCGAUGAAGAAAUUGUCUUACAAGACCAUACAGAGAACAUGUGACAAUGUUCGGACCAUUUUAAUGUGGUCAUAGUAGAAAAGAUAUGGCCAUGGAGUUUUUUGUAAUUAACAAACAAAAACCGAAUCAAAGGAACUUUGAUUUAGGUAGGUACUAAUUAUUGAGUUAAAGGUCUUCCAAAAAUCAUCAGAUUGAGAAUUACUUGGCAGAACCAUUUUCCUGCCAUAAGGAAGGAAAUCCCAAAUGGAUAUGGUAUGCAUCAAAUACAUGGCUAUUUCUAUUUAUUCGUUAGCAUUUAUUUUAAAUAUGUGUCACAACGGAAUCACUUAAAUUUGAUUCGAGAAAAAUGCGAACAGUUACAUUUAUUUUUAGAGGUCACAGGAUGUAUUAGCAUUUCGAAAUAAUUUUUGAUUUUUUCACGAAAUGAAUAUUGUCUUAAUCGACGGACCAUUGUCAAACUAGAGCUGGCUGCUACUUGAUAGCAUUCUUGUACCCCCGCUGCAAGCGAAUUUUCCACUAUGGAGGGUAGAGGUAAGGAGAGUCAUCUUAUAUGGGAGAAAAGUUGAAAAAGUGUCCAGUUGUAUGCGCUAAAUAACAGUUCAA